AUGGUACAACAACCAAUUCCACACGACUCUGCAGCCGUUCAAGGAUCAUCAGCAGCUGUACCUCGCCCUAACCCGGCUCCAGUGCCUACCAUGUCUUACACUCCCACAGACACGACCAUCCCACCAUCUCUUUACAGUAAAAUUCCUAACCUAGACCUUUACAAGAAGCUUCAGGAUUCAGAACGUAAGAUAGAUCUUCUCAUAACAAGAAAGUCACUUGAUUUGCAGGCACUCCAAGGUAAGACUACUCAUCCUUCGUCUUAUCAAAAGCACACUGGAACUUUACGUGUUUUCGUCUACAACACCUGCGAAAACCAGCCGUGGCAAGUAUCGCAAGAGGGCGGAAACUUAAUUGAUCCAAAUGUAGAAUCAACCUGGACUUUAAGAAUUGAGGGAAGAUUUCUUGGUGAUGAUGACGCUGAAACUGAUGGAAAUUCAGUCGGUUAUCAGAGCUUCUCCUCGUUACUUUCAGGUAUUUCGGUCGAUAUCAUCCAACCAGCACAACAGCAACAUCAUUCACCACCACAAUUUCAAGCUCCGCAAGAGGCCCAAAGAUCUAACAUCAUUGAAUGGAGAAACCCAAUCGAACAACAACUCGCAGAAGGAAAGCAGCCAGGCGGCCCACCACCUCCAUCUGUUGGCGCAGAGUUUGACGGUUUAGACAUCAAAAGGCCAGGAAUUUAUAACUUGCAAUGUAAAAUAGCAAUCUUACCUAGAGCCCAGCCAUCAAUUUUGAAAUUGAGUGAUCCUAUGUCUCAAUUUAUCGGCAAACAGGAAUCUAGCCAACAGGAGUUAGUGUUUUUAGUCUGGCAAUAUGUCUUAUACAAGGAUUUACUCAAGAACGUUGAUUCUUUCACUAAGGUUCCAGCUGUAUCCGUUGUUGGUGUGAAUGCAAAUGCAUCUUCAGCUACAGGAAACGGGAAUGGAGACGAUGGAGACGAUUUGAAAGUCGUUGAAUGUGAUGAAACUUUGCAAAGAUUAUUCAACGUGCCAACGUUCAGGUUUUCUGAUUUAUUCAAAUUGAUUCAGCCCCACUUCCAACCUAGAGAGCCUAUCAUUCUAAACUAUGAAAUAGACACCACAAGAUCGACCACCUUGGGAGACUUAAUUAUAGAUAUACCAGUAGAUUUGCCUGCUACGUUAUCCGAAUUCCAACAAGGAGUUAUCGAAUCAUCAAAGCAAAUUGUUGAAAGUUUGUCGCAAUCAGACGCAUUGAUCCAACAAUUGAAUAGCAAGAUUUCUUUGGGGGUUGUCGCUUUACAAAAUUCAAACUCGAGAGAAAUUUUUUAUCGUGAACUUAGUGAAGACCCAGUAAAAUUUAUGGAGAACUGGCUACAAAGCCAACUGGAAACCUUGAAGGUUUUGAAAAGUGACGAAGGUUACGAUGAAGAAGUUGUUAGAAGAUCAGAAUAUUACGAAAAGAAUGAAGAUCUAUUAAGGGAUAACAUUAAUAUUCUUUUGGGGGCUGGAAAGAUUUAG